AUGAAGCAACCCAAGAUCAAGCAAAGGAAACAUCUUCACAGUUCUGCUAAGGCCCCACAGCUAUUGUCUACAAGUCCAAGACCCCAACCUAAAUCCUCUCAUGAACAGACAGCACAUGCAUGGUCCCCAUCUUCAAGUAACAUCAAAUUGACAUUUCCUGCUCUGGCCGCGGCUGCGGCUGCCAUUUUGAAAAGAGACAGUGAAGAUGGAGAACUUGCAGCAGUAAGUUAUUUGGCAACUGCAACACAGGGUGAGUCCUACGGAAAACCUGAGAACAUUUCACAUCACAUGGAUUGGGACUCUUCCCUGUCACCCCUAAGAAAAGAGACUUUGGAGAUCAUGUUGGUGUCCCGUCUGCCCAUGAUAAUCACAUCUCUUGCAGCUACCAAUAACAACUCUAUAAGAGAUAGCCUGAAGCAGGAACUUGUUGAUGCAAAGCUUGAUAUGCAGAGGCUUCAUACCAUCAUAGAGUGGGGAGAAUGUGUUCUCUUGGGUUUGGAAGGACUACUUGUGGCCAGUAAGUCCCAUGCAUUCAAUUAUCUGCAUUCUGAAGACCAAUGUACUGCAAUAACCUUGUCAGAUUCUCUCACCAAUACACUGAAAGAUGAGCGCCCAUUGUAUAAGUUUGAGUAUCAUCCCAGCAUGAGAUGA